UCUUUCUUCUUCUUACUAUGCUGUUCUUCUCUCCUCUAACAAACACCAAAACAUUGAUCCUCACUACUCGCUACUAAUGGCUUCUUGACACAAAUUCUCGUCACCAUGCUUUCCCGUUUAGCCCCUGGCUUUCUUCUACAUUUCCUUAUUUGCCCUUCUCUCUGCCACAGACCAUCCUUGAUCGGAGCCAACCAUACCUCUGCUCGAUUCUGUUCUCGCUAAAUACAAACAAACCCCUUUUUUCUUCUGCUAUUCGAUUCGAUUUGAUUGCUGUGAAUUUUUUAGGGUUAGGGAUUUUUUGAUUAUUUUUUUUAUAUUGUUUGGUUACAGCCAUGGAGAGUGGAAAACCCAGCUUGUUGAAGAACUUUCUGGUGAGAUUGCUUUUGUUUGGGGUUUUAGUCAUCGGUGUUCGUUUCGCUUACGUUGUAACCAUUACCGGCGAGUCUUGCAACGUCGGGAACUUUUGCUUCUUCUCUUUGCCGGAGAAUUUGAACUUUGUGAUGUCCGGCGCCGGCGGUGGGUCUUCUGCUAUAAUCUCUAGUGACGCCGUUUCCGUUCCGUCUACUACUACGCCGGGGUCCGUACUCCGACGUGACUUGUACACGAGUAAGGACUGGAUUAAGGCUGCGAAUUUCUACUCUUCUAUUUUUCAAGAUCUGAUCUCUCACGGAUACCUCUCGCCGGAAUCGAAGUCGCUCUGCGUUGAAACCCCGAAGGGGCAGGACGUAUUUGCGUUGAAGGAGAUCGGCGUAUCGGACUCCGUCGGGAUUUUUAAGAAAGCCUCGAAGCCCUUGGUUAUAAAUGGCGAGGCCCAUCGGAUACCGUUCGAUGAUAACACCUUUGACUUCGUCUUCUCCGGCGGCGGUCGCCUGGGCAAAUCUCCCCGGCCGUUGGAUUUUGCUACCGAGAUCGUACGGACACUGAAACCCGAAGGGUAUGCGGUUGUUCACAUUGGGGCAAAAGAUACGUAUAGUUUCAAUUCGUUUCUUUCUUUAUUCAAUUGCUGCAAUUUAUUGACAAUACGUGAUAUAGAUGGUUACGAUUCAUCCAUGCCUUUUAUACGUGAAAUGGUUUUGAAAAAAGAGUGCGUUUUCCUUAGCCAAGGGAUCAAGAAACCCCAUGGCGAUUCGAGCAAUGAAAAUGGUAAGUGCUCAGUUCCUGGGUAUAAGCAAGAUUUGGUCCGGAAAGCUGAGCCAUUGAUUAUGGAGGAACCCUUGAAGCCUUGGCUUACCUUGAAGAGGAAUAUACAGAAUGUGAAGUACCUGCCAUCAAUGGCUGAUAUAAGCUUUAAGAGUAGGUAUGUGUAUGUGGAUGUUGGAGCAAGGAGCUAUGGUUCUAGUAUUGGAAGUUGGUUCAGAAAGCAGUAUCCUAAGCAGAACAAGACCUUUGAAGUGUAUGCUAUUGAGGCUGAUAAAACAUUCCAUGAGGAGUACAAGAAGAAAAAGGCUGUCACUUUGUUGCCAUAUGCGGCUUGGGUGAAGAAUGAGACAUUGUCUUUCGAAAUCAAUCGAGACCCAGGUGAUAAAGUCACGGAUAAAGGCAGGGGAAUGGGUAGGAUUCAGCCGGUGAACGGAAAAAUUCAGCAGGUGAAUUCCAAGGGUAGAUAUGAUGGAGAGGUGGAUAAGAUUCAGGGCUUUGAUUUUGCAAACUGGUUGAAGAACACUGUUACAGAGAAAGAUUUUGUGGUGAUGAAAAUGGAUGUGGAAGGGACCGAAUUCGAUCUGAUCCCUAGGUUGUUUGAAACUGGGGCAAUUUGUUUGAUUGAUGAAGUUUUCCUGGAAUGUCAUUACAAUAGGUGGCAGAGGUGUUGCCCUGGUCAGAGGAGUGAAAAAUAUGAGAAAACUUAUGGUCAAUGCUUGGAGCUGUUUACAGAGCUUAGACGAAGUGGGGUUCUUGUUCAUCAGUGGUGGUGAUUGGUAAAAGUUACUACUUACCACUUUUCUGCAACAUUCUGUUUUAUCUUCCCAUAUAAAUUCUUUCUUUCUUUCUUUUCUUCCCCCUUUUAUUUACAGAAUUUGGUCAAUUAAAUUUCUUUGCUGUAAGAAUUUUAGCUUCCAAUGAAAUUUAGAUCACUUUCAUAGUUACUACAGUUACUUGUCUUCCAAUUUAGUUUCUCUGUGUUCUAGUUUUCUAGACAAUAAAUUAUUGAGAGGAUAUACUUUUACGAGAUAAUAUAA